AUCAUCCUGUCAGCUGGCUCCCAACAACACUGCGCAGUGAAAGUACGGGGGGAUCCUGUGGCGCCAUGAGCUCAAACGACGCAGAGAUUCCUGCGUUCAGCAAGGGGAAUUCGUUCGCCCCCUUCCGUCAGGCCAGCGUUCAGUACAAGAAGCCCUUCAUCAUUGGUGUCGCUGGCGGCACCGCAUCCGGCAAGACGACGGUAUGCCACAAGAUAGUGGAGAAACUGGGGCAAAACCAAAUGGAGUCAAGACGGCGACAGGUCGUCGUUAUCAGCCUCGACUCCUUCUACCGGGAAAUCGAUGGCGGAGUCGUCCCGAGAAACUACAAUUUCGAUCAUCCGAAUGCCAUCGACGAGGAGUUAUUGUUGCAAACAAUUCGUGAUAUCAGAGCAGAGCGUGUGGUGAAGAUUCCUGUCUACGACUACCAGCACAACUGUCGGAAACAGAACGAGUUCAACGUUAUUCAUCCUGCGGACGUGUAUCUAAUCGAGGGAAUUUUAAUCUUCUACUUUCCUCAGAUCCGCGACCUGUUCGACAUGAAAUUGUUUGUUGACACGGAUCCCGACACUCGACUUUCACGGCGUGUCUUAAGGGACACUCAGGAGUGGAAACGAGAUCUCGAAAUGGUUCUCCAUCAGUACACGAAGUAUGUGAAACCAGCUUUCGAGGAAUUCUGCUUACCGACAAAGAAGUACGCAGACGUCAUCGUACCGCGAGGAGCCGACAACGGAGUUGCCAUUGAUCUCAUCGCGAAGCACAUAAAAGAACUGCUAAACAAAUGACUUUCGAUCUACUGAUGGUUCCCGGAGCACCGAACAACGUGGACUACAUUCGACGGUCUCACGUACUCACGGAAAGGCCCAGCUUACACAGUGCUUGUUGAAUUUCGCUCGAAUUCCCGCGCCAGCCUCGUCGUGGGCCGGGAAAUUCUCUGUAUAAUAAUAUGAGUCUUUAUCGCGUGGAAACUCGCGGUAGAUAAAGGA